AUGAACCCCGACAGGUGCCCGCAGAAGCGCCCCGAAAGUCCCGAGGAGGAGGCGGGGAGAGCGGAGUGCAGGCCCACGACCAGGGACGCCUUCAGGGACGUGUCCGUCUACUUCUCCCGGGAGGAGUGGGCGCACAUGAGCGCCUGGGAGAGAGCGCGGCACCGGAACGUGAAGAGCAACUAUGAGGCGCUGCUCAGUAUCGGUCUCAGGGCCCCUCGACCGGCUUUCAUGUGUCACCGCAGGAGGACCUCCAAGCCCCCGGCGGAGGACGCCGAGGACUCUGAUGAAGAGUGGACUCCAAGGCAGCGAGUUAAACCUUCUUGGGUGGCCUUCAGAGUGGAACAGAAUAAACAUCAGAAGGCAAAGUCCAGGGCGCCAUUAAGUAAUGAGUCUAGUUUGAAGGAAUCGUCAGGAACAGCAAAUUUGUUGACCUCAAGUGGCUCAGAGCAGGCCCAGAAACCAGUGCCCCCUUCUGGAGAAGCAAGUACCUCUGGACAGCACCCUAGACGGAAAUUGGACACCAGGAGGAAAGAGAUCGAAGUGAAGAUGUACAGCCUACGAGAGAGAAAGGGCCGUUUCUACCAAGAGAUCAGCGAGCCCCAGGACGAUGACUACCUCUAUUGUGAGAAGUGUCAGAACUUCUUCAUUGACAGCUGUGCUGUGCACGGGCCUCCUACGUUUGUAAAAGACAGUGCCGUGGACAAGGGGCAUGCCAACCGCUCAGCCCUCACUCUACCGCCUGGGUUGAGAAUCGGACCAUCAGGCAUCCCUGCGGCUGGGCUUGGAGUGUGGAAUGAGGAAUGUGAUCUGCCGGUGGGCCUGCACUUUGGCCCUUAUGAGGGCCAGAUCACAGAAGAUGAAGUCUCAGCCAACAGCGGCUACUCCUGGCUGAUCACCAGAGGGAGGAACUGCUAUGAGUACGUGGACGGAAAGGAUGAAUCUCAGGCCAACUGGAUGAGGUAUGUGAACUGUGCCCGGGAUGACGAAGAGCAGAACCUGGUGGCCUUUCAAUAUCACAGGCAGAUUUUCUACCGAACCUGCCAGGUCGUGAGGACGGGCUGUGAGCUGCUGGUCUGGUAUGGAGAAGAGUAUGGCCAGGACUGGGCAUCAAGUGGGGCAGCAAGUGGAAGACGGAGCUUGUGGCCGGGAGAGAACCAAAGCCAGAGAUCCACCCAUGUCCCUCCUGCUCUGUGGCCUUCUCCAGUCAGACAUUCCUCAGCCAACAUGUGAAACGCUAUCACCCCUCUGAGACUCUGCCAGGGGCAUCUGCAGGACAACACUGCCAGUCAGAGGAACCCGGCCCGGAGCGUCAGGAUCAGCAGCAGCAGCAUACUGGUACACAUGCCUGGAAUGACAAAGAUGGAGGUCAAGAGGUCAAAGGAAGGUCCAUACCUCUGCUUAAAAGAAUCAGACAGAGGAGAAUUUCAAGGGCCUCUUUCAAGCCUCCCAACAGACAAACGGUGA